UACGAUGACGUGCUAUUGUAGACCACGGUCAUGCACAAUCAUUAUUAGUUACAAUUUCGGCUAUUAUGCAAUCCACUAAGUCAGAAAUUUGCUUUAAUAAUUGAUCCUUUUGGGGAUUAUUUAAGGGAAUAGGAAAUCCAUUUGAAUGAAACGAUUGGCUGCAGAAUUUACUACAGCUGCACUGGCAGCUGUGGGGGCAGGAUUCUUCACAAAUCCAAUAGACGUUGUAAAAAUUCGGCUGCAGCUCCAAGGAGAACUGGAGGCACGGGGGACGUACCAAAAAUUUUACAAAAAUACAUUUCAUGCGGGAUACGUAAUAGCCAAGAAUGAGGGGGUAUUAGCUCUGCAGUCGGGUCUGGGCUCAGCCCUCGCAUUUCAGGUUGUUUUGAAUGGAAUUAGACUGGGGUCAUACAAGGCUGCAAGAACUUAUGGAUUUACCCUCAAUGAUAAAGGUGAAACUGACAUAGUAAGGACUGCCGUGUUGAGCGGAUUUUCUGGGUGUGUUGGGGCUGUCCUUGGCAGCCCAUUUUACCUGGUAAAGACGCGCAUGCAAGCCCAAUCAGCGGAAGUGAUCGCAGUUGGCUUUCAACACGGGCAUACGGAUGAAAUUGCAGCAUUUAGAUCCCUCUGGAGAGAGGGUGGUUUGGCAGGUCUUUAUCAAAGGUGCUUUGCCAAUUGCCCACGGAUAUUCGUCGGCUCAGCCACGCAGUUGACAAUGUUCAGUCUUGUCACUGAUUGGCUGCGACCGUUUCAAAUUUUUGACAAUCACCCGCUGACACUCACAUUUUGUUCCGCCCUCCUCGGUGGUAGUUCCGUUGCAUUGACAAUGCAGCCAUUCGACGUAAUCGCAACUAGGCUCUACAACCAAGGCACGGAUUCAAGUGGUAAACCCCUGCUGUAUCGUGGCUUUCUCGACGCAUUGAUAAAAAUAAGUAAAACUGAGGGCUUACUCGGUUUGUACAAAGGAACUUUCCCCACUUGGAUGCGAAUAGCACCGCACACAGUACUAUGUUUAUGCUUUUAUGAACAAUUAGACAUUCUGUAUAAUCGCAUAUUUGUGAAAUAGACGAAUAAAAAAAAUUACAAUAGG